CUCACUUUAUAAAAGCAAGAGGGCUUUACUGCAGAUGAAGCAGAAGCUAGAUGUUAUGUUGCUGGUAUCUUAAUCAGUUUAUGAAUUCGGAUUUGUUGUAAACAUUGAGACCGUCGUGAUGGCACUGCGAACAGCGCGACAGAGGAGCCAGCUACCAUCCUGCUACUAUGAGGGAUACCUGGAGAAGAGGUCCUUCAAAGAUAAGGCGUCCCGAAAACUGUGGACCAGCCUGUGUGGAAACACGCUGUUCUUCUUCAACGACAUGAGAGACACUGAUUACAUAGAAAAAGUGGAUCUCAGUGGAUUUAUCUCAGUAACGGAUGACGGCAGCCAGGAUUGUAACUUGGAUGCAGCCAGAUUCAUCCUCCAGAUAAAGGAUAUAAAUUUCAAAUUCACUGCUUCUAGCGCAGAGACUCGGGAGUUGUGGAAGGGCUAUAUCCAAUCUGUGGCUGAGCUGUCGGUACCAUCCUCCCUCAACCUGCUGCCAGGCCAGAUCCACAGGCUGAAAGAGGCAGUAGAAAAGGAAAAGGAAAGAAAAAUAGAUGUCUCUCAACCUGCUGUACUCAACAACUGUGCUUACAUCAGCGUCCAAGCAGACAUGCCACCGUGUUACCACCGCGUGUCCCGUCUGGAGGCAGAGCUGCUGCUUGUGAAAGAGGCCAAGAGGGGAAACCUCCUGCUGAGGCCCGGGAGUAACGGAACCUCUUUCGCUGUCAGCACCAGACAGGACCUUGAAGGGUACACACACCCAAACUCUGUAUUCAGACACUACCGUGUGACUCGUAAACAUGAAGGAGGCUUCGCCAUAGACGUAGACAAUCCGGUCCCAUGCCCCACGUUACACGAUGUGGUCAACUAUUUAGUGGAAAAAACGGACGGAGUUCUGAUUCCUCUGAUCAUUGAGGAAGCCUAUGACAAAAACAUCACUUUUAUCAAGACUGAUAAUGACAACGGAGAGACGAGCGUUCAGUGUGCCUCGUCAAACCUCAUUCUACCAAGUUUACCCACUAAACCAGCAGUCGCUCCGAGAGUACCGAAAACUAAACCAGUGGCGGUACCAAUUGAAGAAAAGCAUUUGUAUCAGAAUGAAAAACAGGAGGACAAAGACAAAGAGACAGAGGAUGCCCCAGCUGUUCCAGUUGCACAAGCGGAAACAAAAAAAACAAAGAAAGCAGUAAUGCCUCCAACUCCUGUUCCUCGCAAAUUGACCUUUUCUACAUCACCCCCGUCCUCCACCACCACCACCACCACCACCACCGAGGCUGUUUGUAUCUCCAAAAACAACCUGGAUGUGAGGAUGAGCAACUCCACAGACCCUCUAGGACAGACAAUAUCGGAGCUGAAACUCAAACUUCAACAAAAGGCCAGGUGUUGAGAGUGUCCUCUGCUGCUGGGAACCUCUCAAGGCGUCUG